AUGCAGCUCAAGAACCUGAUCUUCGCCGCCGCUACUGCCGCCGCUCUCCCGGCCACCGACGCCGCCACCAACGAGCCCUUCGGUGUCAUCUCCAUCCACUCCGGCUCCGGUGUUCAGUAUGCUCCUAUCAACGCCGCCCUUGGCAGCAUCUUCGCCGGCCUGAAGAGCCAGAACGCUAGCUGCUCCAACCCCCAGGACCAGACCGCCACCUUCUUCCUCGACGACGGUGCUCUCUACCUGUACGACCAGUCUGCGACUCCCCAGGAGCUCUACGUUGACCGCUCCGGCAUGGGCCAAGGCAAGAUCGGAUACACCACCGGCGCUCAGCCCGCCCCCAAGAACGGUGAACGCAAGGGCUGGUCCAUCGACGCGAACAACCACCUGCAGUUCGGUGGAAAGGACCUGAUUGCCUGCCCCAACAGCAUCGAGGGUGCCUGGAGCAUCUGGGCUGAUGCUGGUGUUGCGAAGCCCGGCUACAACGAGGGCUGUGAGGGUAUUGCUGCCCGUGUCGAGGUCAGCAAGAACCCCAACGUUUGCUCUUACACUUCCAACUAA